AUGCGGCGGCCGUCGGCUUCGUCGCCUCCGGCGAGGGGCCCGGUGUUGGCUGCCGCAGCCGCUGUCGUGCUCCUCCCGGCUAUUUUCCCCGCGCUGUUCUCCCCGCUCGGCCGCGCCUUCCCUUCCCUAUUCUCGGAGUGGAAUGCCCCUAAGCCAAUGCACAAGUCUCUUUUGAACGCGUCUUUGCGAUGGACAAUACCAGAUGAACAAAAGAGAGAGAUCUGGACACCCUUGCCUGACCAGGGGUGGAAACCAUGCAUAAGAUCAUCGAUUACUCGUGGGUUACCUUCGGAACCUAGUGGGUACAUACAAGUAUUUCUUGAUGGUGGCCUGAACCAGCAAAGAAUGGGGAUAUGUGAUGCUGUUGCGGUUGCUAAGAUUCUGAAUGCUACUCUUGUGAUUCCACAUCUUGAAGUAAACCCUGUUUGGAAAGACUCAAGCUCAUUCGGAGAUAUUUUCAAUGUGGAUCACUUUAUUAACACCCUAAAAGGCGAGGUUUCAAUAGUGAGAACUCCACCAAAAGAAUUUGCGUGGAGCACAAGAGAGUUCUAUGGCACAGGAAUACGUGCUACAAGAAUAAAAACUGCACCUGUUCAUGCCUCAGCUAAUUGGUAUAUAGAGAAUGUCAGUCCUAUCCUGCAAAGCUAUGGCAUUGCAGCCAUUGCCCCCUUUUCUCACCGCCUUGCAUUUGAUGAUUUGCCCGUGGACAUUCAACGCCUGCGCUGUAAAGUUAACUUUGAAGCUCUGAUUUUUGUGCCUUACAUUAUCUCAUUGGGGAGGACCCUUGAGAAGCGCUUGAGAUCUCCAGUCCAGGGGCAUUCCACUGAAUUUGCCCAACAAGUCAUAGAAGAAAACACAGAUCAGGAUGGAAAGUACGCAGUUUUACAUCUCCGCUUCGAUAAGGAUAUGGCUGCACAUUCUGCCUGUGACUUUGGCGGUGGUAGGGCUGAAAAAUUAGCUCUGGCUAAGUACAGGCAAGUUAUCUGGCAAGGGAGGGUAUUAAAUUCACAGUUAAGUGAUGAGGAGCUUCGAAACACAGGACGCUGCCCGUUGACUCCAGAAGAGAUUGGGUUGAUACUAGUAGCGCUUGGCUUUGACAGCACAACUCGAUUUUAUCUUGCCUCUCACAAGGUAUAUGGAGGGGAAGCUAGGAUCUCUAGCUUGCGCAAACUUUUCCCGCUGAUGGAAGACAAGAGGAGCCUUGCAUCGGCAGAUGAACUUGCUAAUGUUGAAGGGAAGGCUUCUGUGCUAGCAGCUCUUGACUACCAUAUCAGCAUGCACAGCGAUGUUUUCAUCUCUGCUUCUCCUGGCAAUAUGCAUAAUGCACUGCUGGCCCACCGGGCCUACAGGAAUUUCAAGACGAUAAGGCCAAACAUGACAUUGCUUGGCCACAUAUUUGCGAACAAGAGCAUGGAGUGGUCAGAGUUUCAGCAGGCUGUACAGGCAGGCCACAAAGGUAGAUACGGGCAGAUCCGGCUGAGGAAGCCGAAGCAGUCUAUCUAUACUUAUCCUGCCCCGGAUUGUAUGUGCCAAGGGUAG